UCACCUUUUCUUUUAUCUUUUUGUAUCACCAAAUCCAAAACCCACCCAUUUUAGGGCUCCCAAUCCUCUGAUUAUUUUUCAGGUGGAGGCUCCUCUUCCAUUUGACGCUCAGUUUUGCACAUACCCUUUGAAUCAGUGAAAUUGGUUCUUCCAAUGCAAAUUAAUGGCAAAAGUGGAAAGCCCACAAGUUACAAGAACAACAACUAGAUCUUAUUCUGCUUCCAACGAUGCUAUUGAAUCAACAAAACCCAUUGAACCCUACAAGCCAACACUCAAUGACCUCGGAUUCAGACAACAACCCCUUAGCUUCGAGGAUCUCUUGUCUUGUCUUCCCGGUAGACGCACUCAAGUUCUUGAGCUUUUACGCCUUUUGGGUCCCUUGAAUUCCCCCAUGUUUCCAAUUUUGAUCUAUGGAGGUCCUUCUACUGGGAAAACCAGUGUUAUUCUCCAGGUAUUCAGGCAUCUAAACCGCCCUUUCGUCUAUUCAAGUUGUGUAACAUGCUAUAGUCCUAGGAUCUUGUUUGAGUCCAUAUUGAACCAGUUGUUGUUUCAUAGGAAGAAUUCAGGAAAUAGUUAUUCUAGCAUAAAGCGAUGUGAGAAGCCAUCUGAUUUUGUUAAUUAUCUCCGUGAAGCCUUGGAGAGUGUGAUAAAAAAUCUCAAGGGGAAUUCAGGGAAAUUGAGUUCUAAGGUGAGUGGACAGCCUAAUGGAACAAUGAUUUACUUGGUUUUUGAUCAUUUGGAGCGUGUUCGCAAAUGGGAUAAAAGUUCCACCAUAUUACCUUUUUUAUUUAAUCUUUUUGACAUUUUAAAGAUGCCUGAGGUGGGCUUGAUCUUUAUUAGCAACACUUCACCUGAUACAUACUACUUCAAUAUGGGUUAUGUGGAGCCUAUCCCUCUUUGUUUUCCUGACUACACAGAAGACGAUCUUCGUCAAAUUUUUAUGGCUAAUCAAACCAACCGCAAGUUGUAUUCCUCCUUUCUUGAUGUUGUGCUAAGACCUUUCUGUAGAGUUACCAGACGAGUAGACGAAUUGUCUGCAGUCUUUUCAUCAUUAUUUAAAAAGUAUUCUCAACCCUUAAGUGAUAUGGGAGUUGCACCCAAUGAAGACAUGAAGAGAAGGUUGUUUAGUCAUCUCCAGCCACAUAUCGCUUCCGCUUUGAAUGAAACUUUCCUGUCUCCAUCUUGGCCUCUUCUCAAAGAUGAAGCCAACAGGGAGACAAAGAAAAAAGGCAGUUCGAGGAUGUCAAGAAUUCAUGAAGAUUUUGAUAAAAUAGAUUUUCAUAUGUCUACUUCUGCGAAGUAUCUUCUUAUUUCAGCUUUCCUCGCUUCAAGAAACCCAGCUACUCUUGAUGCAUCAUUAUUUGAUUCAACUGGGGUUUCGGAUAGUCGCAAACGAAAGAGGAAGCCCUCUGAAAAAUCAUUGGAGCAAAAGGAAAUGACAGAGCUGGAAUUGCUUAUGAAAGGUCCUGGAACUUUUCCAUUGGAGAGAUUAUUAGCCAUAUUUCAGUGUAUAACGUCUUUAGCAGAAGAUUCGCUUGAUGAAGAAGAAAGUCAUGAACUAACAAUUGAAGGAGGGAGCAGUGGACUCAUGUCUGAUGUUCUCUUGCAACUUUCCAGUCUAUGCAAUGCUAAUUUUAUCAUUAAAGGAGGAAGCUGUCCCUUAGAGGGGUCAACUCGAUAUCGUACUGCAGUGAGUGAAGAUUUAGCUUUGAAGGUGGCAAGGAGCCUUAAGUUCCCUUUGUCAAAAUAUUUGUACAGGAGAUGAUCUGUGAUACAAAGAGAUGCUGUCAUCCUCUUUUUACUUUCAAUGUCAACUGAUUACAGAGGGGUAUCUGGAAAUAUGAAGGUGAUAGUUCUCGUUUAACAUGCUUCUACUGCGAAAGCCUGUGUGUCAAUAUCAAGUUUUGUUAACAUAACGUCAGUGGCACUGAAGUAAUGAAUUGGCAAUUGUAGUCCAUCACAGUCUGAACAGUCUAAUUGUAUCUUGCUACUAGUUUUCUGUAUUACCUUCAUGAAAUUUAUUUAUAUUCAGGGAUUUAACAUGCA